GAUUUUUCCAUCGACGACCUGUUGGACUUUUCCGGCAAGGAUUUCACCGGGAGUUCGUCGUCUUUAGACUCCGAGGAAGACGACGGACGUAAACCCAAUUUCUGUUUGGUGUCUUCUCCUCAGCACCGCCAGAAUUCCGACUCCCUGACUUUUUCCGGCAACGACGACUUCGCCUCUCUUUCUCCCGGCCAACCUCCCCUGCCGGCUUACGAUAUGGAGAAUCUUGAGUGGUUAUCACAAUUCGUGGAUGACUCUUCAUCGGAAUUGUCAUCGUUUUUGCCCAACCCCUGUUUUCAGCCGGGAACCGGGAAUACCCCGGAGAACCGGUGUGAACCGGUGGUAAUUCCGGCCUGCCAGAGAAAACCGAGGAGCAAAAGGCUCAGGAUAACCCGGCAGCUAUGGUCAUACUUGGCACUACCACUGCCUUCAGAGCCAUCUUCAUCGUUUUCCGGCGGCGUCGGCGGUAAAGAAGGGCCGCCGGCGAAGAAGCAGAGAAGAGAGUCAACGGCGGAUACCGGUUCAGGCGCCGGUUCACUACGGCGUUGCAGUCAUUGUCAGGUUCAGAAGACUCCACAGUGGCGAACCGGGCCGAUGGGUCCGAAAACUCUGUGUAACGCUUGCGGAGUUAGGUACAAGUCCGGCCGGCUCUUCCCGGAAUAUAGACCGGCGUGCAGUCCGACCUUCUCUGGAGUGAAGCACUCCAAUAGUCACCGGAAAGUUUUAGAGAUGAGACGGAUGAAGGAAGCCGGCGCCGGAGCGACGACCGUUUAGACGCCAGGGUGGACCGGCACCUUUGGGUAUCAAUGGUAGGCGUAGCCGCGUAGGUAGAUGUACGUCAUAUUUGGGCAAGUGUAACGGUAACGGCGAUAGUGAUAGGCAUCUAGACGGAGUUUAGGAAGGUUAUAAUUACUUAAUUAGUGCAUGGAUUCUUCGCUUUGAUUUGGUUGUAAUUUGAUUUUUUAAAAUUUAUCUCAGUUUACUGUAUCAGAGUCAUUAUCAGUUAGUGGAACUAUUUGGUUUCCUAUUAUCAUUACUAUUAUUAAUUGUGUCCUAAUAGUGGACAACUAGUAAGAGAUUGAAAAGCACGUCUUAAUCCAAAGUAUCUCAAAGUUUUUAAUUAAAUUUCUCAUUUGUAACCCUUACCCAUA